AUGGUGCGCCGCCGCCUCCUCCUCCGUACGGGGGACCGCCGCCUCCGCCUGGCCCUGCUGGCCUACCUGGCUAUUACGGUGCAUCCGGUUCUCCUGGUCCCCCGCCACCUCUGGGACCGCACGCACCUCCUGCGCAUUAUGGGCCCUACGGUUCCGCGCCAUCCUACCCUUCACAACCCUACCAACCACCAGGGAACUAUGGGGACCCCUAUCGUCCGCCACCGAAUACAUACGACCGCCCUUCUGAUGGCUACGACCGCCCUCCUGACGGCUAUGACCGGCCCCCCACAGGGCUCGCCUUACGCUCGCCCGGUCAGCGCCUUUCGCGAACAUGGUGUCGAGAAUGAACGUGAUUGGGAUCAGAAUCAUGCGGCAGGCUUUCGCGAGCCGCCCGAGCCGCGCGUUUCUGACGAUCUUCGCAGGCCGCUGCCGCGCCCUGCAGAGUUCGAUCAACUUGCAAAGCCCUCACAGGCGCAAGGUGCCAUGCCCGUCCGAGAAAUUCCACAAUUUGAUUCGAUGCGGGACGAUCCUGACUUUCGGUCCAAGGGGCAGCCAUCCAAGCCGCAGCGUGAGGCUCGACUGUCCCCAAAACAGCCAGGUGUCUUGGCAAAGGCAGCUAGUCCGCCGCCCCCAGCAACGCCCCUCCGCAAGUGGAAGACCCCUGCUGAGAUUCUUGCGGGCCCCAGUCCUGCCAUUCUCAAAGCCGCAGAAGAGAGAAACAGCAACCGGAAGCGACCUCACGACGACACCCGGCGGCAAGACGAGGGCGGCCGGCGACAGGAUAAAGAGACUCUGCGUCGCGAGAGUCAUCAAAAGAGACCACGCUGGGAGAGGCCAUUCGAGCAGAGCCCUCGUGGCCGUGACAGGCGCGAGCGCUCCUUCCGAGACGAUUCCGCCGGUGAUAUUGAAGGUCGUCGCAGUCGUUCGAGAGACUCCUACCACCGCGACAGCGGUCGCCCAUUUUCGCCUCUUCCGGCCGAUGCCGGCACGCCACCGCCCCAGAGCCGAACAUCUAGCAGGCGGUCCAGCUUUGCCAGUCAGGUGGGCGAAGCGCGUCAACGCCGGUCCAUGUCGCGCGCCUCGUUCGUUUCCAGCGGCACCCACGAAUCCGACCUCUCUUCUGUUGGUGCAGAGCUCCUAGGUCUGCCUUCCAAGGCAAAGGAGGAGAAGGAGCGAGAUGACAUUCGAAAGAGGAACAUGAAUCGCAUCAAGAAGCGGACGGUGCCAAAGGUUGAUAAUGUCUACAGCCGCCGCUGGUAG